AUGGACGAUCUUCAAUCUUCACAAAACCCGCCGCCCGCAUACCCAGAAGCGAAUGGACAGCAGCCGGCACAUGAUACAAACGGGACAUGGUUAUUACAGGAUGAUGUUGAUGAGCAAGCAAGAUGGGACGCAGAUGCUUCGCGCGUAGCCGCCAGGAAGGCCAUGGCAGCGAAACGACAGUCACGAGCCUCGAUGAUUCAGACGUCACGAACUAAAUCAAGGAGGAAAGCGAAGCAGACAAUGGUUACGAGGCCAGGAAUCACAGUAGACACAAGUGUCUCGCAGCACAAAGGCAAAGCACCACGUCAACUCUUCCCGCAGAAAAGAGUACAUGGUGGCAGUUCGGAAAGUCCGCAAAGGGAAUCACGGGCGACAAGGGCGAGAAUACAGACUCACCGAAUAGAGCUCGCCAUGGGAACGGAUUCGGCUUCAAAAACAAAACAAUGCGAGCCCAAACCCGGGAUCAAGAGCCACCCUCCAUUCCCUCAGACAGCGGGAACAUUACGACCAGGACGAUUUGCAUCAAUGGAGGUUUCACCCGCUGAUCGGCCCAUCACCAUCGGCCUCUCCAUACCUUCUGAGAGCCUCUCAGAACAUGAGGACUAUCGAACAAAUCGACAGCGCUCAGAGAGCGAUGUGACGCUAGUCACUCCCAACAUUAUCAUUACACCCGCAGCGCUGAAGUCAGUAUGGUUACCGGAUAAUAAGGAAAUUGAGACUGGUCAGAAAUCGAAUCAUGUCCGCGAUAGCACCAUCGACUCGGCAGUCACGGCCUUUGAGGAAGAUGAGGAUGCUAAACGCAAAGCCAGGGUCACGUCAACAGGAACGCUCUUCGAGGAAGAUGCGACACCGCAUUCUUCCCGAGAGACAAACAAUAAAGGCCAUCUCGAUCUAAGCAUCGAUACGGCAUUAACACCAACGCCAAGGCUCUCUCGUGGAUGGUGGAAUGUCAUCACCACACCGUUUGAGCUGUCACGCUCAAACUCCCUAUGGACAAGAAGGACUGUUGGAAAUGGUGAUACCACACCAGACGUUCCUAUGGUGCCUCAGAGAUUUGGAGCGAGCCCCGUUUCCGCAUCGACACCAUCUACCUACAUAUGGUCGGCAACGGAAAAAGCUUUCAGUCCAAACGACAGAGAAGUUCCACUGCUUCUCGGCCUCGACCUUCCGAACCAGAUGCACGAGACUGCUCGUCUGACGACUUCACAGCCUCAGGUGGCACGGUCUGAGGUGGUCCAAACCCGCGAGCCGUUUACUCAAAGCUCUCCAGAGGCACCCAGGCCUGCUCGUUUGACGAAUCCACCACUGCAGAUGGCACCGUUUGACGGGCUCCAGUCCCGUGAGCCGGUGCCGCAAACAUCAAUUCCACAGCCUCAAAUGGCACAUACGACUACUUAUUCGAGGGAUUCACACUUUCAGACCGCAUCGUUUGAGGGGCCCCCGUCCCGUGAAAGGGCCGCUCAAAACUCAACUCCAAAGUUUUCAAUGGCGCACGAGACUCAUUGGUCGAGUCCACAGCCCCAGAUGUCACCGUCUGACGAUACCCAACGAGUUUCCAAGAAACAGGAACGUGAACAAAGACGUGAGCAGAAACGUGAGAAGAAGCGACAAAAGAGUAAGAGAUCGCGGUGCUGCUGCUGGCUCAGCUGGUGCUGUAUCAUAUUUCUCGCACUUGUGGCUAUCAUUACCGCACUUGCGGUCACGUUAACGAGGAAACAUCACAAGAAGGACGAUAUUCCAACGGCCUCUCAGUGGCUUAAUUUGACUGGUUAUCCACCUAUGCCUACAGGAAUGUCGACGAUUGCACAGCCAGAGGCCAUUGACGAAAUAAGCGGAUGCGUUUCUCCCGCCACCAUAUGGAGCUGCGCCUUGCCUAAGGAGGAACAGGCAUCUGUUUCUCCCAAUAAGCCGGACCAGCCGAACUUCAAACUAAACAUCGUGUUUAAUAAUGGAACAAUUGCCGACAAAUCCAAAACGCAAAUUGCUCCUCGUACUGUUUCCAACCCCGUUUCCGCUGGAGCUUUCAUCAAAUCAAGGCUUCUUAGGAUUCGCGACCAACUUACAGCGUCGCCUGCAGUUCCCUCUUUAGACGAUCAGAGGUUCCUAGGAAACACGACUGAUGAUAACAAGAUACCAUUCGAAGGCGAACAAACCCCAUUUUUUAUCUCGUUUGUUGAUCCAACCACAGCGUCGUCCUCUGCACGACUUGCCAAACGAGGAGGCGGCAAUUUCGGCAAUCUGAGCGACCUAAUCCCACCCCCCUCCAUCAACAGCGACGGAACGGCGGCAGCAGCUAAUCUCCUCCCUUUCCCUAGCUCGCAGCCCCUGCAGCUUUAUGACCGUGGCCUACCCACAGAGCACUACGGCUUCUACAACUACUUCGACCGCUCCAUCUUCCUGAAAUCCAUUCAACCAACAAACAACUCCUUCGGCGGCGUCCCAGCCGACACAAACGGCGGCUCGACCUUCGACAGCGCAACUAUGCGCUGCACGUGGGCGCAAACCCGCUUCCUCGUCCAGAUCUGGACAAACUCUGGCACUACCAAGCCACUUCUACAAGGCACACCCACAACUUCCACAGCCUCCGCCACGUCGCCAACCUCAACAGUUAGCCCGGCGGCCGAUCUCAAGCGCCCAGGUUCUUUCCCAUACCCCGUCACCGUGACUCUAGACCGGCAUGGCGGCGCCCUAUCAAAGAAGAUGAUCUACUGCUACGGCAUGGACACGAACGGCAAGAUCGAGAAGAACGCUCAAGCUUUCGUGCUCGAGGACCGUGCCUUCGGCGGUGUUGCGGUUAACCCUGCUAAUGGGCCGUUUGAUAACGUCCCUGUGGCGACGAAGGAUGGGGGACCUGGGGGAAUUGAUGGCGGGACUGGGGGCUGUGGGUGCCAGUGGGCGAAUUGGUUGGGGAGUUGA